AUGGCAGUUCCACGGCUCGGUGCGCUGCGACGGAUGGUUGCCGCACUUGCGGGUUUGCCUUUCAUCAGCCUCCUCCUCCUCAAUCCCUCGUUCUUGGUUGGCACCAACGCCCAGCUCAUCGACUGUUACAAAUGGGAUGGCACAAUUGCCGCGAACAACACGAGAUGCCCUGGUUCUAACGCUUGCUGCGGUCCCGGCGCUGUCUGCCUCUCGAACCGGCUCUGCACAUCAGACGGUAACCCGAACUCGAAAGCCAAGCUCGUGCGGGGACCCUGUGCUGUAAACGGAUGGGACGACAGCUGUCCGCAGAUUUGCACAUACAAAGAGGGGAAGCUUUUUCCCAGAGUGGGCACUUGCGAAGAUGGCAGUCUAUGUUGUGAUGAUGACCCAGACUGCUGCAAGAAGGGGCUGGGCAUCUUCCUCGACGAGAGCGGCAAUCGGAUAUCGACCAGGGGCACAGCUUAUACCACGAGAUAUCCUCCCACGGCCGGUGGAGCCUCUAGAUACACCCUAAUGCCGUCAUCAGAUGCUAGUAGCAGCACAUCGACGAAUAAAGCUGCCGCCAGCACUACGAAGACGCCCUCGACCACCAAAACGAGCACUCCAAAUCCGUCACACAGCACCAGUGACACGGCCACUUCACAGAGCACGACGGAUGGCGAGACUUCUAGGACCAGUACACCAAGCAACUCCGAUGAUGCAUCCAAGGCUUCAUCUGAUUCCUCAGCAGCCACCACAUCGUCGGACAACGCCUCGGAGGCCAUUUCCUCCCGCUCCGACAACUCAUUAGGCCUCAAGAUUGGUCUCGGAUUCGGUAUCCCCGCGUCAAUACUCGCCACAGCGGUAGUGAUGUACUUCUGGCUGGGCCGACGGGGUCACCGUGCCGCGGGUGAUGCUACGGCGGAGCGCACAUCGGAAGUAGCGCCGUACCAACCGGCCAGUUUCGUCUCAGAUUACCACCCGCAGAUGCCGCCGCCCAUGUACGGGAACCCGUAUGCCGUGGAGUUAGGAGGACACAAUCCAAGUGAGAUGAUGGCUCAUACCCCGCCGGUGCAGCAGCACUUCCUGGUGCCGAGUACUCCGAAGCUGCAGUGA